GAUCUUUUCAGCCCAGGUAAUAAAACGCAGCGUCGCGUUAUAUGCCAAAGCAAUAGAAAAGGGAAAGAAAGAGUAGUAGCUGAAUCAAGCUUUGGUUCGCCCACAAACUCCAAACUCCCGCAGCGCAGACUUGUUGUGGACUCGGUUUCCAGAGUCAGGUCAUUUGGAGGCUCCCCUGUACGAGUCGUGUGACUUCUCAACUGAUCUUUCUUGAUUUGCCAUGGCGGACGAGGAACCUGUUGAUCAAAAGAAGUACCUCGAAGAGUCUUGCAAGCCAAAGUGUGUGAAACCGUUCCUCGAGUAUCAGGCAUGCGUUAAGAGGAUCCAAGAUGAUGAUAGCGGACACAAGCAUUGUACUGGGCAAUAUUUUGAUUUCUGGUCUUGUAUCGACAAAUGUGUUGCUCCGAAGCUUUUCCCGAAACUGAAGUGAUGUGGUUAUUAGUUUUGUCCUAGACUGACGGCAUUUGGUUUUUCAAUUUUUUAGCCAGUUAAAUGCUUCAAAACGGUAUGUUUUAUUCCCUGAACUAGGGAUGGAUGUGUGACACAAUUUAUGAACAUGGAGGCACUGAAUUUGUGAUCAAUAAAAAGUAAAGUUAUACUCU